AUGACUCUGUUCUAUACGGGGCUGGUUUCAGGGAGGAGGAGGAGGGGUGUGAGGUUUUCUGGGGAGCGUUGCAUCGGUCCCAAGCCCCACGCGCGCUCUCCCAGCGGCUGGCGCUCCCGAGGAGCCUCCGUUCGCCUCGACGCCGGGCCGCCCCGUCGGGGGAAGCUCCCGUGCCCCGGCCCCAGCGCGCAGCAGGAGGCCGGCCGGAGCCCGCGGCCGAGGGCGGAGGAGGGCGGAGCCGGGGCGGCGGGCGAGAGUUUAGGGUUAGGCACCUCCCGCGGCCAAUCCCGCCGCGCAUCUGACUUCGUGCCUCCUCCCGCCGGGGGCCUCCGCCGCGGGAGACGCUCGGCCGGCGCAGCGGAGGGAAGAGCAGGGCAGGGGCGAGCGGCGCUCCGGGGCAGCUCGCGCCGGCCGGCGGCAUGGCGAGCGCCGCCGCUCCUCGACGCCGGGCACGGGGACCCUUUAAGGGGAGGGCGCGGCGGCUGGAAGGCUUGGCCAGGGGAUGACUCGGGAUUGGGCCGCCGGGGCAGGAGCGCUGCGGAGCGGGGAAACUCGGCGGGGGGCGUGAGGGGCAGCGCGGGGCCGACUCUCUGCCGCGGCCGCGGAGCGCGCCACCUCGCCGGGCUGCCUUCCCCGCGGGGCCCGCCCGCCCGCCGGCCCGCCCUCCCCCGCGGUGCUCCGGGCACGGCGCUCAGUAGGAUGGUGGUGCACAACGGCGGGGCUCGCCUGCUGCUGAACUGCCUCCUCCUCCUGCUGGCCGGAGCGAAGCAGAGCCGGGACCCCGCGGCCGCCCGCUGCCAGCUCCAGCGCCAACAAAGUGAGCUGAACUCCUUCCUGUGGACUAUAAAGAGAGAUCCACCAUCUUACUUUUUUGGCACGAUCCAUGUCCCAUAUACCCGGGUCUGGGAUUUUAUUCCCGAGAAUUCCAAGAAAGCCUUUCAGCAAAGCCAUAUUGUCUACUUUGAGCUGGACCUCACAGAUCCUUACACGAUCUCUGCCCUAACCAGUUGCCAGCUCCUGCCACAGGGCGAGAACCUUCAGGACGUGCUCCCCAGGGACCUCUACCGUCGGCUCAAGCGCCACUUGGAAUACGUCAAGCUCAUGAUGCCCUCUUGGAUGACUCCAGACCAACGGGGCAAAGGACUGUAUGCUGACUAUCUUUUCAACGCUAUUGCAGGCAACUGGGAGAGGAAAAGACCUGUGUGGGUAAUGCUGAUGGUGAACUCUUUGACAGAGGUGGACAUUAAGUCCCGCGGUGUGCCUGUCCUGGAUCUCUACCUUGCCCAGGAAGCUGAACGUCUCCGAAAGCAGACCGGGGCAGUAGAAAAAGUCGAAGAGCAGUGCCAUCCAUUGAAUGGUCUGAAUUUCUCUCAGGUGAUCUUUGCUCUGAAUCAGACUCUUUUGCAGCAAGAGAAUCUUCGCUCGGGCAGCCUUCAGAUCCCUUACACGACGGAGGACCUUAUCAAGCAUUACAACUGCGGAGACCUCAACUCCAUCAUAUUCAACCAUGACACGUCUCAAGUUCCAAAUUUCAUAAAUGCCACUUUGCCUCCUCAUGAACGCAUCACUGCUCAGGAAAUUGACAGCUACUUUCGGCAGGAGCUUAUCUACAAGCGGAAUGAGAGAAUGGGCAAAAGAGUGACAGAUCUGUUGGAAGAGUAUCCUGACAAAAGCUUCUUCUUUGCUUUUGGAGCUGGUCAUUUCAUGGGCAACAACACGGUGAUUGAUGUUUUGAGGAGAGCAGGGUAUGAGGUAGAACACACCCCUGCUGGUCAAGCCGUCAACAGUGGGAAGAAUCAAAAGACCCUGUCUGCCCUCUCUUCGUCUUCCCCAGAAUAUGCUUCCUAUAUCAUCUCUCAAGAGCUCCACCCUUCCCAACAGCAUCCACAGAAAGAGGAGGAGGAGGAGGAAGAGCUGCUGCCUCACUUGCUGCUGCCUGAGAGUAUUGACCUGCUGGAGAAAGUGGACAGGAAAUACAAGAAGAAAAAGAAGAAACAGCAGAAAAAACAGCGCUUGCGCCAGUUCAAUGACCUCUGGGUACGCAUCGAGGAAAGUGCUACUGACCCACCUCCUCGGAUCCGAAUAAUCAAUGGCUACAUCACUGUAGAGCCCCAGCCACGGGGACAGGGGCUUUCCAGUCACAUCCAGACAGAUACCAGCUGCUCCGGUGGUCUAUUUCCGUGCCUCCCCACUUUGACAUUGACUUUUGUGCUGCCCACCGUGAUUAUGCUCAUGCCGGAGUAUCUCUUCCGAGCAGAGCUUCCUGUUGCUUGGUGAAAGAACACUGAAGAGAAAACGAGGACUCUGGUGACCAGGAGAUCACCUGUGUGGAUUUUUUAAGGGCUCGACCUUUUCCUGAUUCUGAACCACUAACAUGAUUAACGGGCUUGACCGUGCCCAAUACAGGAGAAGAUAUUUUUAAUGAAAGGCAUUAUUUAUCCUUCUCUUGCAGAAGAAUUAUUUCAUGUUAUCCCAUAAUGCUUUGGGGAGAUGUAUAUGUAACAUAGCUGCAGUAUGUUUUUAGCUAUAUGAAACUGACUUGAAUAUGGAUUUGUUUGGGGGUUGGUUCAUGGCUUCUGCUUUGUCUUUUUGAGCACCACUAAAGCAGUAAUGGCUUGAGCUUGGAAAGAGUGUCUUGAUUGCAGUUGUAUUGGAAUGAAGUGCUCUUUGUUUGUUGGCCCUCUUUCCCUGCUUUACCAGUAGCUCCCCCCCACACACACACACACCCUCUA